CUCGGGUGUUGGGUAGGGUGGUUUUUGGGGGUGGCGGAUUAUUGGAAGUGGAAGGGAUGGAGUUGGGUUUAGAGGAGGGGUUUUGGGCAGUGGCAUAGGGGGUGGUACGGGGUGUAGUUUGUGUGUUUUUUGAGAAGGGAGGGGGACGGCCAAAAGGGGUUUUGCUUCUCUUAAGUUGAGACUCAACCUUAAGAGCUAGUUUGGAAAGUUCUUCAAAGGUGUCGUAGGCUUGUAACUCCACCACGUUGGCGAUUUGUGUGUUAAGCCCAAACAAAUAACGGACCAACGUUUGUGAGUCAUCUUCUUGAAGGUCACACCUCAACAAAAGUUCUUCAAACUCCCGGGUAUAGUCCUCAACAGACCGGGUACCUUGCCUUAAGUGUUGAAGCUUAGCAAAGUUGUCUCGUACGUAUUGCUCGGGCAAGAACUUCUUCUUCAACAAGCUCCGCAUUUUGAACCAAGUUUUAACCGGAGCCUUGUUUUCACGCCUUCUUUUGGUGGAAAGAUUGGACCACCAAGUGGACGCAUACUUUCGGAACUUCAACCCCCACCCGGCCCCGACCCGAACACAACCUCCCACCUCAUUCAAUUACACCCCACAAGUUGAUUUUGCUUUGGAGUCAACUCCAAAGCAAAAUCAACUUGUGGGGUGCAAUUGAAUGGGGCGGGGGGUUGUGUUGACUCCAAAGCAAAAUCAACUUGUGUGGUGCAAUUGAAUGGGGCGAGGGGUUGUGUUCGGGUUGGGGCCGGGUAGGGGUUUACCGAGAGAUUUACCGGAAGUAGGAAUCGUCAAUUUUACGAACGGGACACCCGAGCGUCAUCACAUCAAGAUUCAAUUCAUUUGAACCUGCCCUUCUAAACCACACCCCCUGCCACUGCGGCAUGCUUUUCAAACGCCGCUGCCACCGCCUCCAUUCUGUGGAUUCCGGUUGCAGUCGCUCCCUGUUCAUCUGAUUCAACUCCGUUCAUCCGAUUCGCGUGUUCAUCCUCAUCUCCGAUCGAAGCUGCUGGGUUUUUCUCCUCAUCACGAAUCGACGCAGCUGUCUCCAUUCUCAUUUGACGCAGCCUCUAUUGUCGCCAUCACCGUUCACGAUCGCCUUGCGCUUCAUUUCAGCAGCCGACCCAAAGAUAUCUACAGCCGUACCAUAUAAGUUGGGCGUCAUCAUUUCCCAAUUACCGUGUUCCCAGCGAACCCACCUGAAAAUUGAAAUACGGGAAAUAUGAGCAGGGAGAAGACAACAAAAGCCGUCGACGAGGUAGAAGAGCUGCUGCAAGCCGCCGCAGACGAAACCCUCCUCCAGCUCAGCGUCGAUGCACACACUACCCGAGGAUCAUCCACCCAAUCCAUCGCCCCUGAUCUUGACAGACGCUUUCAAGCCCUAAAAACCCGACCGAAGAGCUCAGCGAUCCCUAAUAAACAUCCAAAUACGUCUGCUCCAACGGCAUCGCCAGCCACUGAUAAUGUCAAUUGCCACAGAACAGUUGGUGAUGGUGGCGAUGAGAAUGAUCUAUUUGCUAGGUUCGCUGCGCUCAAGAGCUCCCUCCCUUCUUAUUCUUCCUCCGCUGGAAGUGGUUGCAACCCCGGGUUGGGAAGGGUAGAAUUGGAGAAUGUCGAAGACCUGGAUGAGGACGAUCAAGUUGAGAAGCUGAUCAAGUGGGCUGUUGAUGCCGCGAGGCUUGAUCCUUCUCCUCCUUCUGAUACAGAUUAUGAAGACGAUGAUGAUAACUCUGAUAGCCAUAGCGAAGAUGAAGAUAAUGACGGCACCAAAAGGCAGCAGAAACGGAAAUGAUCAUGAAAUGUAUGUCUAUAAGUUUACUUUGAAUUGAAAUCUGCUAUUAUGUAUCUGUGUGGAUUUUAAUUGAUUUUAUAGUUCACGUACUCACUUCAUUUUGCAUUAUUCUAAUGUAUUUUAUGGCUCCAAAUGCAUUAUACUUCAUGCUCCAAAAAGAAUCCAGGAGUUUAUUGAACUUUGUAUGUGAGGGUUUGCAGAUGUCAUUUAUAGCCUAAGGCGCAAGGUGCAAAAAAGCACUCGCCUGACUUAUGUUUCUAU